ACUUGCUUUUUUUCCCUUUUUCUGCUCAUAAGAGAGCAAACAGAAAUUCAUUCUCUUGGAAGGACAAAUCUGUUCUAUCUAAUUUUAUAUCUUUUCUGUCUAUUAACUAUGUUCUAAUGCCUGAUAGUUCACCAUUCCAAUUAUUCCGUUUUAUUCUUCCUUUUCAUUGAUCUCAAAGUCGCAAUUAUUGACUCGUUAUUUAUUUAAAUGUUCACUUUCAGGUAUUAACUUAUAAUCCUGUUUUGUUUUGGUGUUUAAUAUGUGGCAAAACGAUGAUAACAAAAUGGAGAUGAAUCAAGGUUGGAACAUUCCUAACAGAGGAGAUGAUAAAAACAGUGACCAACAACAAAAAAUGGAUGCAGAUAACGAAAAGCUGAGCUUUAACGAUAAUUUGGACGAACUCCUUGGUGCUAUUGGUGGUUGUGAUAAUUUUAUGGGCACUGGAAGUAAAAUGACUAAUAAUAAUAACAGUGGCAACAUCAACAACACCAGUGAUAACAACAGUCUAUCCUUUAACAGUGGACCAAACUGUGAUGAUGGUGAUGACCGUUCUUUCCCUAAUUACAACUUUACCUCUGGUAACACUUUUAAUAAUCACUCAGAAAGGUCCCAGGAUGGACUGAGCAAGAAUGAAGGAUGGCCUUCCAUUGGAUCUCAUAGAGGCGAAAGCAGUUUAAAUUGUGGAGGCCUAUCUGCUAAUUCAAUGAAUAAUGAUUCUGGAUGGGGUUGUGCUAGUCAACAGCUUCAACAAAAUCAAUUUCAACAACAGCAAAAGAAACAAAGUAGCAACACUCAAUCCAACAACCAAGGAGCUCCAGCUUCUAGCUGGGGUAGCUCAGCUGUCUCUAAGGGCUCGGGUAAUCGAAAUUGGCUGAACGAUAGCAAUAUUCAGGAUGAAGGAAGCCACAUGAUCCGUGAAAAUGAUUAUUCAUAUGGAUCUCAUCACAAUUCCGCCGUCGCCAUGACUGCCACCGAUGGAGAGGGUAAACCUGUUCCGAAUGACUAUCUCAAAGAUGCUGCCCUCUUCUCUGAUGACUGGGGUAAAACUGUGAUAAACCAGGAAAAAGCCUGGGAUCUCCCUCCGUCCCUCCAGUCAAGUCCAAAUGAGAGUAGCUCUUUGUGGUCUACCGGCUCUAUAACAGGCACAGAAAUUUGGGAAUAUACCGUCCGUAAUAAAACCAAAGCACUUAUCUCAGUGGCUUCGGCUGCAUCAUCAUCAUCAUCAGCUGCACCUAUUGCUGCAACUCCAACAGUCUCAACGAAUCAAAAGGUAUCUCAACAAUGGGGCCAUAACUCUGCAUCUCAUAUCGGAGGCACUUGGGGUGAAGAAGAAGAUUCAAGCAAUGUUUGGACAGGCGUUCCCUCUGGUGUUUCUGCCACAGCUCCCAUGGCAAGUGGUGGUGCAAGCACAGUUGCAGCUUCCGUUAUUAAUGCCAGUAACAAUCACUCUGUUCCUUCCGAAUCUGAUCCAUGCUCUGACAAUGCAGCCUCUAUUUGGGGAAGCUCAACCAAAGUCAAUAAUGGAAAUGGUGCAUUAGUACCAAAUAAUGUGGUUAAUGUUUCAAAUAGCAGUGUUGUUGGAAACUUUGGUGGUCCUAUGGCCACUGGCUCAAACUUAGGCAUUGUUAACCCUUCUGGUGUUGGUAUGAAACGUGAUAAUAUAAAUACAAUAAACAGCAAUAGCAUGAAAAGUUCUUGCUCUUCUUCAGCAUCUUCUGGCUCAGGCUCUGGUUCAAUUAACAUUGGAACCUGGGGCACUUCUCAAGGUGGAUUCAAUAAGAAUAAUGAAUCGAUACAACCCACAGGUUGGGAUAAUGACGAAGAAAAUGCCAGGAAACGAAUUCCUCCUGCAUCUUCUGGUAAUGUCGAUGAUGGAACUGCUGUUUGGGGUAAACCUGAACAGCAUAAUAAAAUUGCUCGCUGGAAAGAUCCUGCUAACAAUGCCAAAAUACCAGGUAAUAGUGCCAAUGGAAAUAAUGCUCUUGCCUCACAAAGUAACAAAAAUGGUGCAGGUUCGGGAAUAACUUCGCCUAGUCCAGGAAUGAUCCGAUUACCACCUGGUACACCAGGAUUGAAAGGAAUCAACACAAACAAAGGUAACAGUGGCAGCAACAAUAAUAACCAAAACAAACAAGUCAAUGGUUUGACGAGUAAUCUCAUGAGUGAUGGCGGUGAUGUUGGUGAAGUUGGCGGGCCAGCUAAUCCAAGCUCACUGGGCACUGAUAUCUGGAACAAACCAUCCAACAGAGGCUGGAGUGAUAACCAAAACUCCAAUUCAAAGAAUAAUCAAAUGCCUAUUGGAGGUAAUAACCAAAAUAAUAUCCAUAAUAUUAAUAACACUUACAAUUUCAAUGCUAACCCACCAAAUGAUGAAGAUCGUGAUGCUAAUGCUUCGAUUUCAUCUCAAGGUUUUGGAUGGGGCCAAAAACAAAGUGAAAACGGAACUCCUAAAACUACACCUGGUACACCAAAUACUCCUGGAGGUAACAUUGCUGGCAAUUGGGGACAAGAUGUUGGACCUACCAGUCCUCUUUCCUACUGGGGAUCAAAAGGACGAACUGGAGGAGCAAAUAAUUGGUUAACUGGCGAUGAGUCUCUUGAUGUCGAAAAUAAUUGGAACAAAAAUAAACAAGGAAUGCCUUCUCAACAACCACCUCAAAUAUCAAAAGAAAUGUUGAAUUCAAGCAAAGUUUAUCGACUGUUGAUGGAAAUGGGAUGCAAGAAAGAAGAUAUUGAAAAUGCCUUACGUUCCAGUGGAUUGUCAAAAGAAGAUUUUAAUGAUCUUGCUCGAGCUUUCUCAAUGCGUGAUAGUAUGAAUGAGAUGGAUUUGAGGGGUAAAGACCAGGUCAGCAGCAAUACUCCGACUAGUCUACUCUUGAACACUGGCCUCGUCAAUUCUAGUCUUUCCAGUAUUAUGAAUCGUAAUCCAUCUCAAGGGAUGCAGCAGAACCAACCUCAAGUGACUCUUUCCUCUCAUCAGACUCCAGACCAUAUCAUUAACGUCCAACAGUCUACUUCACAGCAACAACAUGAUCAAAGCCAAAUUCAUCAUCAGCUUAAUCAAGCGCCUUCUCAAGCAUUACCCUCAAUCAAUCAUGUCCAAAAUGUGCUAAGGAAUCAAGCAGCUAAAAACUUGGGCUCAGGUCAGCCCAAUUUGCCAUCAGAAAAACAAUUGAUGCAUUUGGUCCAACAGAUUCAGUUAGCUGUUCAAUCUGGCCAUCUCAAUGCUCAGAUAUUGAAUCAACCGUUGGCACUACCUACUAUCCAUUUGAUCAAUCAGCUUUUACAAAAUAUCAAAACACUCCAACAAUUACAACUACAAAUUGCCUCUCACCCCAAAAACGGGGGACCUUUCAAUAACUCUUCUCAGUCAAAUCUUCACGUACAAAUCACUCAAACCAAGUUACGAAUCCAAAACUUACAAAAUCAGAUAACUAUUCAACAAGGUUUGUUCCUAAAACAGCAGCAGCAACAGGGACAGAUGACUGGUGGUCCAACUCACUCUCAACCCAAUGUUAUGAAUUCACAAGCAUCACUUGUAAAUCAAACUGCAUUAAUUUAUUCUCAAUCAAAUGGUGAUAUUGGAGGAAAUGGUGGGGCACAAAAUCAGUCACAACAAUUGUUGGCUUCUGCACAAUCCUCCCAUGCUCAAAGUGUUCACCAUUCUGGUAUGGUAUCAAAUAUUGGCAAUAGUAACUCUAUUCCUCCGGUAUUCAAUGCAAAUCAUGGAAGUGGAAAUGGGGCUGGCAUGGACUUCCUCAAAGAUAAUGAUAGCAUUCAAUUGAACAGUGAUUUCCGUGAUUUAUCGCUUAAAGAUUUUGUCCAAAGUGGUGCUGCUGGUGCGCAUCAAGGGCUUGGCAUUUCUAGCCUCAAUGGAGGUAUGAAUGCAUUAAAUGUUGCAAAUCAACAAGGUCAUCAACAGCAACAAGGUGUUCAACAAGGUAAUGGUGGGCAACAUCAGCAUUCACGAUUGAAAACUUGGAAGUUCUCUAAUAUGGACAGAGUCGAACAUGGUUCAUCUGGAUCAAACAACAGUGGAAACAAUGAUUUUCUUCGUGCCCCUGGGUCAUCAAAGCAUCAUCUUAAUGAAAGCGGUUUGAACCGUGGAAAUACUAGUGAUAAUGGUUCUGGAAUCGGAGGUUGGUCAGGUUUAAACUUCCCUGGAAAUGCAAAUGAUGGUUCAAAUUGGUCAAAAGAUUCCAUGAUGAAUGCUGUUUCAAUUGCCUCUAACACUGUUCCUUCCUCUGUUAUGAGACCAAAUAGUACACAAUCCGGAGACUUGAAAAGUUUAGUCAUGUCAAGCUCAUCUAGUGUAACUGGAGGCAUAAUGACAGCUCCUAGCCAAACAACUGUGAACAAUUUGGACCUUAAUGAUAUUAAUAACCUUGUUCCUGAAUUUGAACCAGGUAAACCAUGGAAAGGUGUAUCUGGUAUGAAAAUCGAGGAUGAUCCUCAUAUAACUCCCGGUAGUGUUACUCGAUCUCCGCUCUCUGUGAACACAAUCCGUGAUCCGGCAAUAUUAACCGGUUUGUACAACAAUUGGUCAGCCAAAGGUGCAAGUCCAACCUCAAUGAAUAGUGAUAUAUUGGCCCCGUCUGUUGGCUUAUCUUCCAACGCUACUUGGGCUUUCAAUACGAAUGCCAAUGCCGGUUGGGGGGCUAUUCCAAAUGAAACUCCAAAUAAUGAAGUUCUAUGGAGUGGAUCUAUGACAAAGACUCGAGGACCACCUCCAGGAUUGGGCCAAGAGAGACUUGGUCCACGAGGAGACCAAUCAAUGGCAGGUAUCCGUCCUCAAUCAAACUCCUACGGAAAUUGGAUGAUGAAUCCUUCCAAUGAAGGUGAUCAUUUAAGCAAUGGAGGACUUGAAUCGAAAGAUCUGCUUUUCUCCCGAAUGAUGAAUAACACUAAUGGAAUGGGAUUCGGCAUGGGAGUUAACAUCGGGAACAAAUGGAUGUGAUUUUAUGUUAAUUUAAUUAUGGGUAAACUACUGCCCACUACGUUACAAAAGAUUACCAAAUGAAUCUAUUGACCUCCAAAUCGAUACCGCCUUACAAUCCAGAUGCAAAAAUGCAACAAAACUACAUAUUCAAGCCAUUUAUCUUCAACUUCAUACCCAAAACACUCAUCAUAUAAAUUACAUUCAAAGACGAGACAAGUCAAGUCGAAUCAAGUUCAGUCAAGUUUAGUUGUGGUUACAAAAGUCAAAUCAAAUCAAGUCAAGUCAAGCCAAGUUUAAGUAACUUGUUCUUCGCUCAGUUUUACGGUGUCCAAAUCAUUACUCAUAAAAAGGGUGGUUUAAACCCUAAAAGUACAGUGAUUGGCCCAAUCAUCUUUAAUGUUCAUUUACUUAAAAAGGAUGGCAACAAACCUGCAAAAUACAAAAAAAAAGAUUUAAAAAGAGUUGUCCUCAAGUACCAUAAACCCAUCUACUUUUGAUGAUGUUGACCUUCAUCGGCCUUCAUACAAAAAACUAUAGCCAUAUCAGAUGAAUAUGGACUAUUAGCAUCAAUGGUGAUAUUUGACUAAAGUCAUGAGAGGAUAUAUACCUGUAAUAGUACAUAUUCCUCACCCAUUCUCAUCUCACUUCCUAUUCUUGGAAAAACUUUUUGAAUCCUCACACAAUCCUCAUUCUCAUGCAUCAUCUUUUCAAUUUUUUGUUCAUCAUUUAAAUCAUUUCUUUCCAAUUCUCUUAUUUUGUCCCAAUUUUCCUUAUCUCUUUUUUGGUCUACUUUUGCCUAAUUUUCUCUUUGGGAACUUUAAAAGUUAGAUGGUUUAGCCUAGUUUAUCGCAAAACAAUAUUUUAUCAUCGACGAUAAUAUUGACGAUUAAGCCAAAAAAAUGUUUCAAUUAGUGCACACCACCAAAUAAUUCCUGCCUAACAAUGACUACUAUCCUGGCCUUGAUCUAUCUUUCUCUCUAUCUUUCUAUUUCUGGACCUGGUUCACUUGUUAAUUACUGGGUUGUUGCAAAUAUCUUUCUUUUAACUUCUUCCUUCCAACUUAAUUUCUAUAAGACAACUGAAAAUCCAAGAGGUGAAGUAAAGUUAUCAUACUUUCGACAAUUUCUUCCUUUAAAAUGCAUCUACUUUCUUGCCUCUGAUUUUCCUCUGUCUUUCAAUGUUUCUCCUUUUUCAUCAAGUUCAAUUCUCAUCCUCAUUUCCUUAACAAAUGAUCUUAACCUCCUGCUCUUUAAAUAUUUGCUUCCGUUUUCUCUUCUUUCACCUCACUCAUAAAUUUAAACACAAAAAAAUAAGAAACCCAUUUAUAUAUUAAUAUAUAUAUAAAUUUAUUUAAGAGAAGAUUCAGAGAUGAUUACAGAUUUUUCCUCUCUUGCAAUCACUUAUUUAACGAGAGGCCAAACAAAAUCAUCAUUUACUUGUCUAUUGAAAUCGAUUGUUUUUCACUUCCCAUUCACCCUCUGAUUGUUUGUAUCUCUAUUAUAUCACCAUCUUCUGGUGUAAAAGCUCAUAUUCUAGCAAAAAAAAAUACAAAAACAUUAUUUAUAUUUAGUUCAUCAACUCUUAUAUCAUAUGAUAAAAAAGUUGCCCAUUUUUAGAAGUUGUAAUGUUUUGAGAAACAAAAAAGUCAACAAGGAUAAUGAGCCAGAUUCGGAGAUGGUGAUUUUAAUGGAGUCUAGUUUGAAAAGUACACUAAUUUGUAACUUAUAUUUGAGAGAUUAGAAGUUGAAAGAUGAAGUCAGAAAAUCUUAGAAGCCUUUUUUUCUUUGAUGUUUCUUGUGGUGUUAGUCAAGACAAAGUUCUUCCUGUCCAUAACCCUUUACCAUUUUACCACCCUUUUAAUAUCUUCCCUCUCUGUCUUUCAUUAUUUUUUGCUUACUUCGUACUCACAACUUAUCUCUGAAUAUCUUAACAAAUAUCGCUGUAUUUCAAUGUAAUUCCAAAGCCUAGUCCAAGACUCAUGACAUUUUUAAGUUUACUUUAGAAACUCAUCAGAAAGAUUCUUUCCAAAAGUUGAGUUAAAUAUCUUUCUUGAUGAUGAAAACUUUGCCUGGCGAAAAAGUAAAAAAAAUAAUAAUUAAAACCUUGUUAAUUAUAAUUAUACAUAGAUACAUGUAUAAGCGACAACGAAAAUUAAGUUUGAAUUAUUUAUGAUAAUCUAAUGCCUAAAAUUAUCAGACAAAACCAAACAUAUUUCAUUUUUCAAACAAUAAUCAUGUUAGAUACUCUCCAAAUAAUUGGGAAAAAAACACUGAAACAAUUGAGUUAUCAAUCUUUUUUCCCAGAUAUAAAGCAUUAACUGUGCAUUAGAUUUUGAUAAAAAGGUUUCAACUUAAUUUCCGAUGUUGGUUUGGUAGCACAGAGAGAAAGAGUUUCAAUUGAAAUAAUUUUUCAAUCAAACCUGUGUCAAGCAUAACACAAUGAAACAAACAAACAACGUUUAACAGAUCUCCUUUUUAAUCGUGAUUUGAGACCUCCAAACCUUACCGUUAGAGUUUCUGUCCAAUUCGCAAUUCUCGUCUCGUUUCUUGAACAAUUAUUGCCCACCAAAAGUAUAUUCAACUCAACGCUGCCGCCGCCAAAAGAAACACACGCAUACAUAUUCACUUCACCUCUAUAUGCACCAUGCUCAUCCACAUCAGCAUCAAUGUACGACCAAAACAAAGCAACAAAAGAUUCUUUUCCAUGGUCUUCAUCUUUCCUUCUCUUUCUCUCUCUCACUCAAAUGACUCUGUUUCCCUUUGACCCCACCUCGACCAAUGUUAUCUCCUGAAUCCCGUUUUCACUAGAAUCCAAGUUAGACUGAAAAAUGUUUACUCUAUUGCAUUAUUCACAUUGUAUCAUUAGCUUGUUCACCAAUCCUUAGUCCUUUCUGUUUUCCCUACCUUUACAUGAUGAAAUCUACUAUACUGAUGCUUAAACCUUUUCGGCUCACAAUUUUUUCACCUGUUUGAACAAACCCAAACAUGGCAUUCAAACUUAUCAAUAUCUAAGACUUCAACUCCUUUAACUCUGUUACAUUAAAUUGGUCGGCAAAACUGAUCGUGAUGUGUGCCAAUGAUUGUAACAUUGGCAUUGCCUUUUUCAAACAAAUUAUAACCUUUAUAUUUUACUUCACAUCAUUGGGUGUUAAAAAAAAUAAAUCAUUUCCAUGAAGUCUUAUUUUGAUAGGUUUGUGUGAUUAAACUUUUUUCCCCUUUUUCUCUCAUUAUUCGCUUUCUCUUUAAUUUCCCAACUCUUUUAUGCCUUGAAUAUUUCCAUUCAAUUUUACGCAAUUUACCUCUCAAUUUUGUCCCUUUCUCCGCUCAUGAUAAUUGAGGAGAAGGACGAUUAUUAUUGCUGUUUCAAAUAAAAGACUAAAAGAUCUUUAAUUAUCUUGCAAAUCAUAAUGGCUCUGGGAAACAAAACUACAUCUACUUUGACUACAACAAUCAAUCAAAGUUUACCAUUUCAAUUAAUGGAUUUGCAUUUGGUUUCCACUCAUUUACUUGUGCACUCUUUCAUAGAUGACCACCAAUUAUCUAAUUAUUUUAGAGGAAUAAAUCACCCAAAGGAGGAUAAAUUUCUUGUUAUUUACCAAAGCAACAAUUAUUUUGUCAAAUAAUGGAUAAUCAUUGGCACAUCAUCAUGACCAUCACUUUGAAACAAUGUGGAUACAAAUGAUUACCAAAAAGAGGGAAACAAGAUUGAAAUACCUUUUAUCAUCUCGUACGGAAUAAUUAAAGUAAUCAACCUUCUUGGAUCCCAAUCAUUUAUCAUCAUAUAAAUAUAUUUACUUAUAAUUUACAAGUCCCAAAGUUUCAAGCAAAGCAGCAGCUACAAACAUUUUCUUCAUUGAGUGAGCCAAAAAUUAUACAUAAUAUACAUAUGAGAUAACAAAACCAAUAUAAUAUACGAUGAACGAUUACUGAAUUUAAAUGUACAAGCAAAAUCGACGACAACAACCGUAAGCCUUUCUCUCUACGCUAUCAAUCUUUAUUGUCAACCUUUUUCCCUUUAUUCUGUCCUCUUCAUUUUUCUCACUCUCUGUCUUGUAUUACAUUAUUGCUCACAAAUGAGAUGAAAUUAUUAUUAUCAUUACAAUUGAUGAUAAUUAUAAUAAUAAUGAUUUUAAUUGUAUUAUAAAAUGACAAACAACAAAUAUUAUAACACUAUUAAACCUGAAGACGAUGUUCAAUGUUCGGCUCAGGGUUUUAUGUUUUGUGUAAAAUUUUGAUUUUCAAACGAAACAAAAGCGAAGUCUCAAACCAAAAUAAUACAAAAAAACCAACAAAAUGUAAUGUGACUUGUCUUAAUUAAUUAAUUAUGCUAACAAAA